AUGCUCAGCCCCUCCGUCUCCCCCGCGCUCUUCCUGCUCGCCGGCUACGAGGAUGGUCGCAUGGCCCUGUGGGACGUGCGCCGCCCCGAUCGCCCUCUCACUGCCGCGCGCCUGCACUCCCACCCAGGUGGGCGGCACUCUCACCGAGCAGUGCAGAGCAUGGCGGUGUGGAGCAGUGCGGAGCAUGGCAUGUCAGGCGGGGCCGACACAGACACCGUCUUCUUCCGCCUCUCCCUCUCCCAGGUAACACCCGCCCUCUCCCUCUCCCAGGUAACACCCGCCCUCUCCCUCUCCCAGGUAACACCCGCCAUCUCCCUCUCCCAGGUAACACCCGCCCUCUCCCUCUCCCAGGUAACACCCGCCCUCUCCCUCUCCCAGGUAACACCCGCCCUCUCCCUCUCCCAGGUAAGACCCGCCCUCUCCCUCUCCCAGGUAAGACCCGCCCUCCUUGCUUCCUCGCUCCACCCUUUGCAACUUCGCAAGCCCCGUUCACACCGCCCCGCACAGCACCCAUCACUGCACACGUCACUGCAGCGGGUGUCCGCCACUGCUCAGUUACCCGACGUGGCAUCGCAUUAUCCUCGCACACACCGUGCUCACCUUUUCCCUUUUCCUCCAUGCCUCUCCAUUUCCCACUUUAUGCGCCCCUCUGUGCCCCCUGUGCGUCCUGUGCCUUCCUGUGCACUCCCAUGCCCCCCUGGCAGCAUGGAGGCGGUGAAGCGGGUGCGGUCACAGCAGCCCGGCACCGCUGCCAUCGCGCUGCACCCCGCGGGUGGAGUAGCGGCCACCGGGGGCUGGGAUGGCAGCGUGCGCCUCUAUGACUGCGCCCUCCUCCACAGACCUCGCCCUGCCGCCCACCUCACCCACCACUCUGCUGCUGUGACAGCAGUGGUGUUCACGCCGGACGGCCAGCUGUGCUCCGCAUCACGUGAUGCCACCAUCGCUCUCUGCCGCGCUCGCUGA